AAAGCUCUAGUUAAACUUCAAAAAAAGCUCUCGUUUAAUAUUUAGAUUGUGAGUAUUUAUUUAUACGGUUUCAUAUUAUUAAUAAUUAGCGUCGGAUAAAGAAAGAUACCGAUUUAAAUAUACACCAACGGCCAAAUAAAAUGGCCGGGAUGGUGACCAAUGUGUUGAUGUUAACUUUGGCUCUUGUGAUUCAAGUGUUCGCUCAAACUCCUGUAAUUUUACCGUUUACAAAGCCAGUGAACAUACAUGAAGACACAAUUAUCGAGACAACAUUAGUACAGGUAAAAUGCAGCAACGCAGGUGAUGCCUGUAUUUGUAAUGUCAAAGACAUGACCCCCGCCAAUGGUCCAUUCACUGUCUGGAAUAAGCCACCCCUCACUGGCUACUGGUGCUACUACACAGGUCAAGCACAGGGCGGCACGCUGUCCUUUAAAACAACCCCCACCUACAGCAUCACCAUAGAGUGCCGGAACACCUACGACAACGCCACGGCUACAGCAACCCUCGAGGUAGAUGUUCAACAGAAUCAGGCGCCUGAGAUAAAAAACACAAACUAUCCGCGAGAAACUCUGACCCUCGACGCCACAAAACCUUACGCUGCCGGCGAAGUGAUCUACACCGUCACGGCCACAGAUGCAGAAAACGACCCUUUGACUUUCUCCAUAUCCACCUCGCCAUCUGUUAAUUACUUCAGCAUAGGUUCAAAGGAUGGGUUAAUCUCCACAACGAUUGAUCUAAGGGCAGCAACCGAGAAAUACAUCGUUGUUACAGUCACAGUAAAAGACAAAGUCAACACAGUCAAUGACUUUGAAAUAUUUAUCACGAUAACCAAUAUGAACGCCAGACCACAGAUAACAAAUCUGCCAGCCACGCUGAACAUUCUAGAAAAUGAAGCCAGUGGAUACAACAUUAUGACGCUGACGUUUUCAGAUCUUGACUAUACCGUGCCCCAGAUCCCGACAUGCACGGUGGUACCCAGCGGUGAGCAGUACAAGUUUACAUACGAGUCAGGAACCCACAAGCUCAGGUUGUCAACCCUGACUGGCGUUACCAACCCGCUGGACUACGAGACAAUCAACCAGUACAAGAUAACGUGUGUACUCAAUGAUGGCUUUUUAGACUCACAAGGUGAUGUACUGACGCUGAAUGUUCAGAACGUGAACGAACCUCCCACAUUUGAUGAAAUCGCCUACUACUGUGACCUAGACGAGAGUAAUACUGGUGGAUCAUCGUGUAACCUGAAUGCUGUUAUAGUCGACCCAGAGGGCGACUUGAUCACUUCUGUGGCCUUUGUCAGUGGGAACAACAGUAAUCGAUUUAGGUAUGACCGGUCAACCUCGACCAUCAGCUUUAACGUCGACUAUGACGUAGAUGCCAGCACGUACAUGCAGACCAGCGUCAUCCUGCAACUCCAGGCAACUGACGUGUACGGCGCCUACAAGAUCGUGCCGGUGUACAUCAACAUACACGACGCCAACGACAACACCUGCAGCUUUGGUGCCACAGCUACCCUGACCUUCAAGGCUGACCAGUCGACCAGCCUGGGCAGUCUGGGAACGUUCUCCGCCAAAGACAACGACCUAACCUCCCCCAACAACCUGGUGUCCUAUGAAGUUGUGCAGGCGCUACCAUCAGACUCAUCCAAUUACAUCGCCGUAUACACUGACGGGGCUAUAGCUUACACAAGUCUAAUACCCGAAUCCAACACCGGAAAAAGCUACAGCCUCGUUGUCAGAUGUAAAGAUGGCGGAUCCCCACAGAGAACGGCCCAAGGCACCGUCGUGCUAACUUACCAGGUGACCACCACCACAACCGUCACCACCACCUCGACCACCACCACCGCCUCCACCAGCACCACAUCCACGACAACAGCUAGCAGCAACUUGUUCGACAACGACGCCUUUGUUGCUGUCUUCGCUAUCUUGAUGUGCCUGUUGGUUUUGGGGCUUUUAGUGGGCUUGUACUUCCUGCUCAAGUACUGUGGGCUGUGUGGGGCUGCCUCUGCUGGGAAUAUCUGUGGGGCGAAUGGAUGCAAUGAUUUCUGCUGUCCUAAGUAA